AUGUCGAGCUCCAGCAAGGUGGCGGACAUUCUGCACAAGACAGUGACGGGCGGUCUGGUACUGGUCACUGCCUUCGCGCUGGCGGACGUGACGCGCGGCUUCGGCGUGCUGGUGAAGCGCAACAUCGACCGACGGGCAGCACAUGAGGCGGCCAUGCAGCAAGAGCAGAGCGACGCCGGCCACAAGGACUAA